AACAAGUACUGAUAUGCCUCUCGUCACAAAAAAAGGCAUUACCACCAAGAACGCGCCCAUGACGUUGAGAAGAGGGGCACUGGCUUCCAAACGCACCAGUGACAUAACUCUCAGAUUCUUCCACCAGAACAAGAGAGGCACGCGUUUAAGCAUUACGCGAUCUCGGCUCUGCCCUGCUGCUUGUUCACAGCCAGCCGCCGUACUUCCCUCUCGUGUUCGUGCAUCCCCUGCUGUACGCAUUUCACUGAGCAGCAACAUUUCUGCCUUUUUUCCCCUUCUCUGCGCACUGCUGUUACAGAACCACUUCAAGCAACAUGAGCAAAACGGAAACCUGGACUCAACAACACGCAGCCGGGAACGGCGACGUGAAGCAGCUAAACGGAGGCACCGUGGAAGCAACAUCGUCGGUGGAAGAUGUUUUUGACGACACCUACAGAGAAAAAGAUGGUCCCAAACCGCGCAGGGCUUUGGUGUGGAGAAAUAUCAUACUGAUGACCCUCCUACACAUCGGUGCGCUUUACGGACUGGUUCUCUUCCCCUCUAUAUCGCUUUCAACUCUUGCAUGGACUGUAGUGUGCUACCUCUUCAGCGGGCUCGGUGUGACUGCAGGUGUGCACAGAUUAUGGAGCCACAGAUCCUAUAAGGCCUCUUUUCCCCUGCGAGUCUUCCUUGCCCUCGCCAACUCCAUGGCAUUUCAGAAUGACAUAUACGAGUGGGCAAGGGAUCAUCGUGUCCACCACAAGUACUCGGAGACCGACGCAGACCCUCACAAUGCCACGCGGGGGUUCUUCUUCGCCCACAUCGGUUGGCUGCUGGUUCGUAAACAUCCCGACGUCAUCGAGAAGGGCAAAAAGCUGGAGCUGUCAGACCUCAAGGCAGAUAAAGUGGUUAUGUUCCAGAGAAGGCACUACAAGCUCUCUGUGGUGCUCCUCUGCUUCGUCGUGCCCACACUGGUGCCCUGGUACUUCUGGGGGGAGUCCCUGGCUGUGGGCUACUUUGUCCCUGGACUGCUGCGGUACGCCGUGGUUCUCAACGCCUCCUGGCUGGUGAACAGUGCUGCACACAUAUGGGGCAACAGGCCAUAUGACAAGAGCAUUAACCCUAGGGAAAACCCACUGGUCGCUUUCAGUGCCAUAGGUGAAGGCUUCCACAACUAUCACCACACGUUCCCCUUCGACUACGCCGCCAGUGAGUUUGGCUGCAAGCUCAACAUCACCACCGCCUUCAUAGACCUCAUGUGCUUCCUGGGUUUGGCCACGGAACGCAAGAGGGUGUCGAAGGAGAUAGUCCAUGCUCGUGUUCAGCGAACAGGUGACAGCAACUACAAAAGUGGCUGAGUGGCACGACCAUUAAAAACUCCAUUCUAAAACCAACAUGUAAAACCAAGACAGUACGUAGCAUCAGGCAUAGCAGCAUUUCAGAGGUUCAGGAGGAGGGAGGGUCAUUAUCACGCUUUUGAUUAUAAGUUCAACCUCUUCCUGGGACUAAUAUUGGCUUUCUAUAAAUUGUAUGGGUCUUGUUUAAGUUUUGAAGUGUCCUCACCAACAGUUAGCCAUAGCCCACCUACUUGGCUACACGUGUAAGCACAGCUUUUUUUUUUGCCAAAACCGGUACAAAGAGAAUAAAAUAGGUUAAUUGCGAUUUAAGUCCCUCUCUGCAGUAGAACGACAACCAUCAAGUCUGUGUGAGAGGUGUGUAAAAGCAGUAAACACAGAAUAAUCUUCUGUAUGUCUAAUUUGUCAGCGUGCUACUUAUUACGAGUCUUUGGCACUUUAAAGCUUUAUUCAAACCUCUAAACGCUGAGGUUGCUCGACAGGCGAGAUUUAAGGCCUAUGCUCUAACGUCUGUCAGAUGUGCUUUGUUUCAACCUGAUUUUGUCUGUUUUAAGCUACGGUUCUCCUCAUGUUUGGUAAGCUAGUAGACUCACUAAACCAUUAGAUUGCUGUGUUCAAAGUAAACCACCAAGGCAGCACUCUAUAUCAUUGCCCCAGUUUGAGUACACUUUAGACGCUGUAUAGGGUCCUUAGGUUACUCUCACACUCUACCACUGCCUCUGACUGUCCAAGAGGCUCCUCAUGAGGAUGACAUUUUUUGGGUUUAUGCUGAGUAUACCUCUUGUUGAGUGAAGCAGCUGCAUCAUACUUAUCAUAAUCCUUCUGGACUGAAACACAGAAACACACUUCUUAUUCUCAUUCCAAAAAGGAGAGAUUUUUUUCAUAUUAUUAUCUGCAUUUAUUUGAAAAAUACUCGGAUAUCAAGGUCUCCCUCUCCCUCAGAUAGGGCCUUAGAGGCAUGAGCAGGAGGUGUGUUUACCUUUUGUACUGUGCAAUAUUAUGACGUGUCAGGACUUUUGCCUGAAUGCCUUAUGAAGGUUUUGCGCCUGUUUGAGAGAUGAAAAGUGCAAGUUUGGGGGAAAAAAACAAAUUAGGGCUUAAUUUUAUUUCUGUAAUUCUAGUUGUGUGGUCACUGUCUCUAUUUAUCCUGAGCUCAUUUAUUUAAAAUGAAAAAAAAACAGGGACCAUUCAACAAUUCCUGAAGUAAACUAUUGGUUACUGUCAUUUACCUUUUUUUGUAACCGAACACCUUGCUCUUUAAUAUCCAACCUUGCUAUGAUAUCACUAAUCAAACUGUUGUAAUAUGUGUCAAACUCCCUCUUUUACAGAGCAACAAUUUUUUACAGUGUUAACUUCUUGAAGUUUGAACGCCUUAAAAAAUGGCACAUUUUUCGAAAGAAUGUUUUUGCCCGCUGUAUGUACCGUAAAUAAACCAAAUUUUUUACUUGUGACAAAGUAUGCUUUGUUGGUUUUGUUGGAAUUCUGUAAUACUCCUUGUUUGUAUACUGAAUAAAAAUAUGAUCAUACUA